AUGGAGACACUAUUGUCGCAGAUAUUGAGUGGCCAUCGGAUGUGUUGCCGUCGAGGGAACGCCGGUUGGUAUCAGCCGUUCCGAAGCGGCGCCAAGAAGUACGAAGACAUUCGGGAAGCGAAGUGGGAAGCGAUUCCCGAGUGGGAGAAACUGACCGGUGGUUACCACGCGUUGAAGGAUGAGGUGAAGAUGUGGGCCGAAGAGGUGAGGGAUCGGUACGGACUCGAGUCACUCUACGACCACUACGACGACGGAGAGGUCGUCAAACUCUGGGACUUUAAUCAACGACAUAACGGAGUGAUCACUAGUUAUCACAAUCGCGACAACAGAGGCGUUGAGACCAAUGACAUGAAGAAGUGGAUCAUUGCCUGCGAUUCCGAUUAUAACGAGGGUUACACGCGUUGUGAUUGGACAGUGUCUCCGUCGGGUCGGGCGCUGUUCAGCGGCUAUUUGGACACAAAGUUGCCGCUCGACGGGAGUAUAGCGCGCGCCGGAUAUGCGUUCGUCGGGUGCGAGAAGAAGCGCCGAUCCUUUUACAGACAGGACUACUUUGAUUGGAACUCCUUUACACACCUUCUGGUCCGGUGUCGCGGAGACGGCAGGAAUUGGUUCAUCAUUUUGAACGUAUCCGACGAAGACUCAGACGUCUCGUGGUUUGAUCGCUACCAGUAUGUCCUCUACACUCACGGCGGACCCUAUUGGCAGUGGUGUAAAAUCCCGUUCUCGAGGUUUUAUUUGCAACACAAGGGUUACGCUCAAGAGGUUCAGUCAGAACUACCCAAAGGAAACGUAUCUCAAAUCGGCUUUCUAUUGGCCGACCAAUACUCGGGACCUUUUAAUCUGGAGAUCGAUUACGUCGGAGCCAUACGUGACGACAAGUGGACAGAAGAGACCGCUUAUGAGAAGUACUAUCACAAAGAGAAUCCAUUCAAAAGCCCCGGAACCACAUAAUCGGGACAAUAAUUGCCAUAUAUUUAGUCAUUAAUUCAUUUAUAAAUUGUUAUAUAUUUUAAAUUAUAUAAAAAAUAGAAUCAAUUUUUAAAAUUAAUAAUAAAAUACAUUAUAAUUACAA